ACAAGCCCAUGAAGGGACAAAUAAUGAUUGACAUGCUGCUGAACAAGUUCUUCUUCCUGCUCUCCUUCGUGACCUCCCUCACCGUCAUUAUCCUGAUCCACCCGGGAGCCUCCGCUAUGGGUCGACUCUACCUCCAGCUGAGUAAGGUAGAUACUUUGAUUCCCUACGAGGCUGGUGAGGCCCCGGGAAAGGAGAAUCAGAUCGGCUGGUACCUGCGCCAUCAGGGGAUGUUGCUGCUGGCGAUCAUGGCGCUGUUGAACAUGUCAGGAAUUCUGAUCAUGCUGCAGUCCAAGGUGAUGAAAAAUCCCGUCAGUGUAGUCUUUUUAAUUAAUGCUGUCUUCAACGCCAGCAUCAAAUCCUUGAUGCUGAGUUUUCCUCUGCUCCACGCCACGGGGCUCUGCUACUCCCUGUCUGCGCUAUACGUGCGUAUCAACGCCUGGCUGCGGUGUCUGUCCUUCAAGCACUCGUUAAAAGCCCUUCACAACAUUCCUGCUCACCUUCAUCGUUGUGACCCCUUCAACGUCCCUACCAAUGUUCAACGCUGUGACCACUUCAACGUCCCCACCAAUGUUCAACGUUGUGACCCCUUUAACAUCCCUACCAACGUUCAACGCUGUGACCCGUUUAGUGUCCCUAUCAAUGUUCAACGUUAUGACCCUUUCAGUGUGCCUACCAAUGUUCAACGCUGUAAACCCUUCAUCGUCGUCUCCCGCAUCAAGGUUUACCCCGAGGAGGACGAAGUCGACGUGCUACAGGUCGCCAACCUCCUCCUGUUCUCCCUGGGUCUCCUUCUGGCUGUCUAUCUCCUCUCUGCUGCUGUCGACUAUCUCCGAGUGCAGCACGAGAGGACAAGUGAACUCGUACACAGGUUCCGUACUGACUCUGGUAAGGUAUGCACAGCAUGGCUGUCCUCCGUACAGCUGUUCUCGCUCCAGUUGCUACAUUCCUCACCCCAGUUCAGAGUUGCUGGAUUCUUCUCCAUCGACAGGAGUUUCUUGUUAGCGAUGAUAGGUAACUUAGCAACCUACCUGGUGAUCCUGCUCCAGUUUAGAGACACCAACAGUGCUAACUGCAGUACCGCAACGAAGGAUGCCAACCGUACCAUCGUCUAGAAAACACCUGCUGGAAGAUUGAAGCACCAGUUCUAGUUAUUAGCACCAUCUACGGCACCACCUGGGGCAUCAUCUACAGCACCACCCGGGGGCACCAUCUGCGGCACCACCUGGAAUAACAACAGCACUCUAAGCUCACAUUUUCCCAAGUUGCUUGUAGCUGGAUGUAUCAUGCGCUGUUUCAACAUUGUGUCUCAUCAUUGCUUCUCACUCGGUAGUUUCUUCACAGCUGAGACGAGGACACACGGAGCACAACAAUUAUCUACUGAGACAACGUUUCGCUCUUUAAUACAGCUUUAUCAAGUCAUUCACAAGAUACAAAAUAUACGUAAACGUGCUGACUAGGAGCCAUGAGACAUUUUGAUAUAAUUAGGAAGUGUAACUGCUGCGUGGUUCCAUAUAAAGAUCGCGGUCAGCAGGAUUCGAAUCCACGUUCGGCGAGGCUAGUAGUGUACCCACAGUCGAAGCUGAGCCCUCCAGUUUAAUGGUAAAUGCUCUGAUAGAUAGUGAGAAGCUCCUUCUAUCUCAGCUGCAUAAUAAUGUUGAGACUGGUCUCCUGCGUUCGCUGCUUUACAAUACACUUGCCUUUGAAGCCGCGCAACGGGUGGGGUUGCACCCAUGGCAAGUGAGUGGUAUGACUCCAGGCCAGUCCGUUAACCACUAGCUGGCUCUAAUAAGAUUCGUCCAACUAGGUACUAGCCUUUCAGCACGAAGAGAGGACACUAGGCUGUAAGCUCAGCACUGACAGCUUCUCGGCACUGUGCUGUGUUAAGGGUGUUGGUUCUCACGGAUUGGAACAGUCACAGGCAAAUCAGUAGAACCUCGUGAUAUAAAGUGCAUUGGUGAU